CGUCAGCGGAGCAUCUCUGUGCGUUGUCAGAGAGAGAGAGAGGGAUCAAGAGAGGCAGAGACUUCCGCAUCGGGAUACAAUGGAGUGGUUGAGCGAGUCUUAAGGGAGCCAGAGGCACUGGUUGCGGGUGUGUUCCCAGGCGAUUCUGCCCCUCGCCCUGCUACAGCUCCCUCCUCUCCCUGCCAGCCUCCAGGCAGUGCCGCUGACACUCGGGGGAACCAAGCUGAACUUGCCAUUGAUCGACCUCAAUGCAGAAUUCAAGAGGGCAGAAUGACCAUGAAAGGUUACAAUAGUCAUGAGGUGACUGAUGCUUCCUCUUUGACUGAGAGCUGCUACCUUUGGUAUCUGUAGUGGAAGGAAUGUAUCGUUGUUCAUCUGGAGCUGAUCGACAGUGAAUCCACUUGCUGCCUAUCUCUGUUUCCAUCAGGUUUCUGUGUGGAGUGAUCGGAUCUGAUGCAGAAUCUGAAGUGGACGUUGUCAAUAUGGCGAGUCGUGAUGGGGACCCUACUGCCAACCUGCUUGUGUCUCUCCCUAGUAAUCGUCUGGUUACCGCUGGUUACUAGGAAUGGGUUUGCCAAGGCCUUGAAGAUUGAGAGUUUGGGGUGCGACCCUGGGUCAGACAACGAGGGGGCACACACGGAUGAAGCUGCCCGGGCCAGGACUGGGCUGUCGGACACUGGAGCGGGCACAUUGACGUGGGCCGUGCACCUGACCACGGCAGAGGGGGCGAGCGGCCAGGAGGAGGGGUCGCUGGAUGAGCUCGCAGAUGAGCUGGCACGGGCCACGGGUCUCGAGAACCAGGGUCAGAUUGGAGAGUUGACCGGCCACUACCUCUUGGCCAUCCCCCAGCACAGACGGAACCGCCGGGGUCUCGAGGGGGAGACCGAGAGGAUUCGGAAAUCCAUCGAAGCCGCCUUUGCUGGGCACGGCCGUGUCAGGUGGCACGCUGAACAGAAGCUGCUGAAACGUUCCAAACGCAGUCUGCAUUUCAAUGACCCGCAGUACCCCCUCCAGUGGCAUCUGCACAACCGGAGGAAACUUGGGAUGGACAUCAAUGUGACAGGAGUGUGGGAACACAAUGUGACGGGGGAAGGAGUCACGGUAGUGGUCGUCGAUGAUGGCGUUGAAUACACUGUCCAGGACAUACAAGCAAACUACUCUCCAGAGGGCAGUUAUGAUCUGAACUCCAACGACCCAGAUCCCAUGCCUCACCCUGAUGAACACAGUGAUAAUCAUCACGGGACUCGGUGCGCGGGUGAAAUUGCUGCAGCCCCGAACAAUUUCUGUGCCGUUGGUGUGGCGUAUGGAAGCCGUAUUGCAGGUAUCCGAGUGCUGGAUGGACCCCUGACUGACAGUAUGGAGGCAAUUGCAUUUAACAAGCACUUUCAGAUCAAUGACAUUUACAGCUGCAGCUGGGGCCCUGAUGAUGACGGGAAAACUGUGGAUGGCCCUCAUCCCCUUGGGAAGGCUGCGUUACAGCAUGGAGUGAUGUCUGGUCGUCGGGGCUUUGGGAGUAUUUUUGUGGUGGCCAGUGGAAAUGGAGGCCAGUACGAGGACAACUGCAAUUAUGAUGGCUACGCAAACUCCAUCUACACCGUCACCAUUGGAGCAGUGGACGAAGAAGGACGCAUGCCAUUCUAUGCAGAGGAGUGCGCCUCCAUGUUAGCAGUCACCUUCAGCAGCGGUGACAAAAUGAUGAGGAGCAUUGUGACCUCUGACUGGGAUAUGCAAGAGGGCACUGGCUGUACAGAGGGUCACACGGGAACCUCAGCUGCUGCACCACUUGCUGCGGGAAUGAUUGCACUGAUGCUUCAGGUUCGUCCGUGCCUGACGUGGAGGGAUGUUCAACACAUCAUUGUCUUCACAUCGACACGGUUUGAUGACCGCAUCGCUGGAUGGAAAGUGAAUGGUGCUGGGUUCAGCCAUAGUCACCAGCAUGGUUUUGGAUUGCUGAAUGCCUGGAGGAUGGUUAAUGCUGCAAAGAUCUGGGAAUCCGUGCCAUUCCUCAGCUCUUACACCAGUCCUCUUGAGAAAGAGGCCAAGCUCAUCCCCUUACAUCCCCACAAGCUGGAAGUUUCCUGGAAUGUAACCGCUGAUGAGUUGUACUUGUCUGGUAUGAAGACCCUGGAACAUGUGGCAGUGACAGUGACCAUUGCACACCCAGCUCGGGGCUCCCUGGAACUGACCCUGUAUUGUCCCAGUGGGAUGCCUUCACUCAUUGGAGCCAAACGCGUCAUGGACACGGAUGCCUCGGGCUUCACUGACUGGAUGUACUCUACAGUACGAUGCUGGGGUGAAAAGGCAGAAGGUGUCUACAGGAUGAUUAUCCGUGAUUUAGGGGAGAACCCUCAGCAGGAGAACGGCUUCCUCAAGCAGUGGCAGCUCACUCUCUACGGCUCUUCCUGGUCAUUUGAAGAUGUCAAGGAACGACAGAGGGUUGUUGAAGAAGCCAUGAGUGGACAGUUCCUCAAUGACAGUUUCUCACUGCCCUGCCCUCCUGGCUUAGAAAUCUCCGAUCAGGAAUGGAAUUACAUGACACCAAAUACACUGAAGAUGCUGCUGCUACUGGGAUGUUUUGCUGUCUUCUGGUCUGUUUAUUAUACACUGGAAGUUAUAUUCUACUCCCGGAAGCAGUUUGAGUUCAGCUUGCUGUGUAAUACAUCUACCCAUGGAUCUUAUCAAACCUUACAUAAUGUUGAAAAGGAUGCAUCGGAAUUGGUGCCUCUGCAAAACAUGGAUGCAAAUGAGGUAGACGAGCGACAGAUGUUGAACGUUGAGGAAGCCAGUUUGGAGAAAAUGGGAGAAGAGAAAGAUCGAAACUUAAAGUACGAAGUGCGAAAUGUAGCCAUACCAAUAACUGAGCCCAGACAGAGCUGGGAUUAUUCAAUUCCAAACCAUCGAGUGGGGCAUAGAAACAGCGAAAACUCUUUACUUUUCUCCUGUGACAAUGAGCUGACGUAAUAUCAAAGGAAUUCAUUGCACACCUACUUGCAGACGAGAACAUAUAAGCCCUUGGAAAAUCUAAUUGGGCAGGACCACCCUUUAUAAACAGAUUGAACUGGAUAAUCAACCGCCACAUGAACUCUGCCUGUCAGAUAAUAGUGGCCUCCUCAGGGUCACGUAUAUUUGCAUCCCUGGUUCAGGACUCUGUGUAUCGCCGAACUGGAAGUGAUCAUCAGCAGAUCUUUUCCCGACAGAGCGCAUACCUUUCCCUGUCAGUGUUUUUCUCUCUCUCUCUCUCUCUUUCUUCUCUACUCCCUUCUCUUUGUCGCUGAGCAACUAUCUGUCCAUCCAUAAUGUCAGUGGAGAACAAAGUUUAAAAUCAUACAACACCAGGUUGUAGUC